GCUAACUCCGCGUAGUCCAUCACACCAGUACCAGCAUUUCAAACCUAGCACAGUAGCUUAUUGGUAGUCAGUGCAACUCUUUCAGCAGCAGUGUAAUGUGGUGUGUGUGUGUGUGUGUGUGUGUGUGUGUGUGUGUCAACUUUAGAGUACACAAUCCAAAGCGGAAGAGUGCCAGUGGAAGGUUGCCAACUCUUUCUCAUUCUGCCAGCUGUCAACUCAAAAUCAUUCACCCAAAAGGUGCUUUUCUUUCUGCAGGGAAAAGAUACAGGCUUACUACAUAAUUUCCCAGCAUUGCAGAAAGGUACUUGGAGUGCAGUCUUGAGCAGAUAAGUGAUAGGAAAGGAAAAGUUUACAGCCCCUUAAAACACACACACACACACGAGAAAGAAACAUGAAAUUGCACAUAAUGUAUGGUUUGGAUCCAUAAUGUUUGGGUACUCUAUAUCCCUAGCUGCCACAACAAUACCGUGUUGUAAGUUGUUGAUGAGUAAGAGCUGACAUCUAACAGCUUAGUUUAAAGCCACCCAUUGUUUUGUUUUUUCUCUCUCCACAGUGCCACCAGUGAUUCGUGUUUAUCCUGAAACCCAGGCACAAGAACCUGGGGUAUCAGCCAGCCUCAAGUGUCAUGCUGAGGGGAUCCCAAAUCCCAAAAUCUCCUGGCUAAAGAACGGCAUUGGUAUCAUGCCCAAAUUGUCUAAGCAACUGAUGCUAUUAGGUAAGGGUAAGAAAAGUUUGCUUUAUCUGACGUCAAAUGGAACCGAAUUUUUGCUUUUUCUCUUUGCAAAAUCAACAUCAGUCAAUACUUUCUACAGUUUCUUAGGUAAAAUCUGGAUCAAGUGCUGCUGUAUUGGUUGAGAUGAAAAAUAAUUGGCCCUGUGAUGCACCAAAUGGGAUGAAAAAUAAUUGGCUCCGUGAUUCACCAAAUGAGCCUCAAUGGUGGAUGCCCUAUGCAAAGGAUUUUGCUGGGGCACUAUGGGACUUUCUCCCCUUUCCCCACCCCAUGCAUCCCACAUACCUCCUGUGUGAGGAGUAAGGAGAGGGGGAAUCGUUAUGUCUGACAAGCUGAAAUGUCUGUGUUGACAAAGCACAACGCUGGAUUCCUCCAGUACACUAUCCCUUUUCAUAUGCAUAUUAUUGGAAUGAACAGAACAUUAUUUUCUGUGUUACUGGAAUUAACAGAGCAGGCCUGUUGCACAUGGGUGUGUGUGGAGACUCCAUGAAACAGAAACCACCACAUCCCAAGUGGGACAGUUUUUUGUUCCAUCAAGGGUGUGUUGGGGAAAUGAGGGGCUCUAGAAUCCUGUAGAUCCUUGACUGCCGCAACAACCCCAGGAUGUGCUCCUGGAACACCCUGUUUCAACCUUCACCUCUAGCAGAACAGCUACUUCUGGGGAGUCCUCUGCAGGCAUUUUGGGUGUGUGUGUGCUCUGGCAGUACAAGUACCACCCUACUAGUGGGCCUCUCACCUUUAUGCCGCAUGUACACCGCUCAGAAAGCCCCUCCAUGAGCCAAAUGCUGGCUGAGGGAAUGUGCCCUAAAGCAGCUCUCAAUUCUUUUCAUCAGUUUACAGUAAAUUUCUCAAUUCCUGUAUAAUUGCCACUUUUAGUAUCUUAUAUUCAUAGUGUCAAACUGCCUGUAAAAAAGCUAUAAUCAAAAUUAAUAUCCCAAAAUUCAUGUACAGGCUUUUAAACAGACUCUGGAAGUCCACAUGUUUUUCAAAGAAUUUUACAAUGCUGCUGAAUGGAAAUGAUUUUAUGUGGUUUUACUUCAUUUUUAAUGUUAAGUUACUGGCCGGUGAACUGUUUUAGACUGUUGUUUUAAGUGGCUGGCGUUACCGAAAUGUGCCAUUGUAUUUUAUGGCUGAUUUUGCUCCUUUGUGAAGGCUUUGCUUUAAAAGAUACCCUAGAAAUAUGUGAAUAAAUACAAGAAAUGAAAAUAUUAUCAGAACUUCAAAGAUUUAUCCAUCUGAUGAUGUAUUGUCUACUGUCAUUCUCUUAUUCUUAGAAAGAUAAGUAAACUUUUGUGACUUUCCAAUGUCAUGGUAACCAAUCAUUCAUCCUCAGUAUUUCUGGACUUCUUCAACUGUAAGCAAUCUCAAUUCUGGAACAAUGAGUUCAAAAGCAUAAUUGUAAGGCUGAAACCCUACGUUGUAUCCAACAUAGUUGCCCUGUUACUGUUAACACAAGGACUUCCUCCUGCACCAUAGAACUUCCUUUCCUCUCCUCUCUCUCUCUUCCCAGUCCUCCAGAACAGAUGGGCAGGUGUGCAAGGAAAGGAAAAAGUCCUUGCGCUAACAGAAUUACUUUGUUGGAUAAAACCCUCUGAGCCUAUUUGAUUUCACUGGAACUCUCUGUCAAGUAACUGCGUUUAAGACUGCAGCCUAAAAACCUCACUUUCCAGAGCUUGUUACAAUUUAUAGCUUUUGUGGAUCUUUUUUGUUGCAGCAAAUGGAAGCGAACUUCACAUCAGUAGCGUUCGAUAUGAAGACACAGGUGCCUAUACUUGCAUUGCUAAAAAUGAAGUGGGAGUAGAUGAGGAUAUUUCUUCUCUCUUCAUUGAAGAUUCAGCUAGAAAAACUCGUAGGUUUAACUUUUACACACACUUUCUAAGCUCUUUACUAUAUCUAAGGUUAUGGUUUGAGAUUUUAAAACUGCGGACUUAAUUGAAUGGUACCAAACUGGGUUUUGCCUGAGUAAAGAUUCACAUGAUCAAGCCUAAUUUCAAAGUAGCUGUCUGCUUCCCAUUUAUCACCAACAAUAGUUAAUUAAUUACGCAAUUCUAAGAGACUUUGUGGUUCCAUUCACUGUUGUUAUUUAAAACUAACAAACUCUGGUUAAGAACUUCCACAUUGUUCCUUAGUAGUCUGCUUUAAUAUAUAAUGAGUCUGAAGCAAAGAUGGAACAUGAGAAAUUUAGUGAUGGGUAGAUUUCUCUAUGGUUUGGAAUUAAGCCUAACCCCCACCCCCAAUCAGUUCAGCAAACAUCCAGCACAGUGUAACAGCAGCAAGAGUGCAUUGGCACCUAAAGGUUUUCCUGCAGACUCUGCCUCUUUUAGCUUGUCUGGAACACUUUCUGCCAUAUGUCCUCUUCUAGUAAAUCAUUCAAGGCUGGGGAUAAUGCAGAUGGUUCCAUCCAGGUUAUGAGCAUUAUAGGCUAUGGAUAAAUCUCUAGACCCUGUUAUGCUCCUGAUGACACAAUCUAGAACACACCAGGGAUUAGAAACCUUCAAGCUUGCUGUGAUUAUCUUUAUAUCCCCAUGAUGUCCUCCAAGAGAUCAUUGAUGCUGGGGCAGCCAAAUCCAUACCUGUGGGGUCACAGUAUUAUCCAAGGCCACCAUGCUCUGGCCUUAUUCUGAUGGCAUCUGCUGGGCUAUGUUAUGGCCUAGAGUUUAGGGGUACUCUUUUGCACCUAUUUUGGAGUUAAAAGUGCUCACAAAUCAGACCCAUACCACUAAUGAAACCUCAUGGAAGUCUUGCUUAUAAAAUAUCUGCAGGAUGUCUCCUAAUUUGAAGAAAUAUGUGCAACAUGAUACAAGGUUCAGCUUGCAUAGCAGGGAAGAAUGCAAGAUUUUUCAUUGACAGUCAUAGAAUUACAUUUGUUGCCAUGCUAAUUAAAAUUGCAGUCAAUUUGUAUCUCUCAUUUUCUUGAUGCCUAAAGCUAACAAGGCACUGCUGCAAAAGAAAAAUAUUUGAAGCUAUUUGUCUAUUGUUUUCAAAGCGCAACAUAAGAUUGGUCUCACAAUCCUUUGUAGCAUCAUGGCAACCACUGCAUAGCACCGUGUACUGCCAGCUUUACACAUUACAUUUCUAAGAUACGCCAACAAGAUAUUGCAUUUAAAAAUUUAGUGCAUGAAUUUGACAAACAUGUAUUUUCAAAUGGGCAUAUAAUCACAAAACAACAACCCCUAGGCAACUGGGAUUGACUACAGCUCCCUAACAAAUGUGCCUUCAGUCACCAACACACAAUGGAAGAUCAGCCCCAGGCAUUUGUUCCACAAGUGAGAAAUGUAAAUAAAUAUUAGGGAAAAGAAUAAUAGUAAUCUCCAUAGCAAGGCUGUUUUUGCCAAGAGAGGGCUGUAAAAAUAAAUUAAUUAAAAAAUAAAACUUUGAACAUCAAAAUGCUCAUUAAUGAAUAUUAAUGAAAAGAAAGUCUGCUUAGCAUUAUGAUUUCUGUAAUUAUCUGUUAGAAAAUGCAUUGCAUUUACAGCAAGCUUUCAUGUGGUUACAGCUUCUGUGUGAUUCUACAAGAUAAAAGGCCAUUAUUGUGGAAAGAGGAGAACUGUCUGCUCAUGAAGAGACAUGUUUUGUAAUCUUUACUUAGGCAAAAAUCAAAAAUAUUUAAUUUAAUGAGAAUUUUCUCUCUAUAAAAACUUUGAUGUUUGCUGUGGGGGAGGGGCAAUAGAGACUUCAACAGAAAAACUGAAUUUGGUGAAGUUUAUUUUGUCAUAUCUUUACUCAAGUGACAUCAUGUGUCUGAAUUAAUACUGUAAAGCUAUCAGAGGAAAAACAAUUUUAAAAAACCAGAAUGUUAAAUUCCUUUAAUUGCUGCAAUGAAAUUUUGACAAUGUUUUUUUUUUUCCUUUUCUUGAUCAUUUUCUGGCUCUCCCAUUUCUCUGAUGCUGCAGUUGCAAACAUACUGUGGCGAGAGGAAGGUACUGCAGUAAAAUUGUCUUGUUGUAGUGAUAAUGUGCUUGUCUGCUUUAAUAAUUCCAUAAUGGACCAUUCUCCACUGAUUUGCCACUAACUUUAGCAAUGUCAGCAGGUCUCAGCUUAGCACGCAGGCAAACCCAACAAAUAACUGGUAGAAUAUUAGUGAUGCAACUUUUCUAAAAGACUCUUAAGUUUCUAUGAUAAAGAUUUUCUGAAUAGGCAUUCAGAAAGUUAACAACAUUUGAAAACAGAUUCUUAAGUAAUUAUCAGCAGAAACACCAGAAUGAAAGUCACAAUUUGCUAUACUUUAAGUGGAAUGUAAGUACUCUAAUUUACACCAACAAAUCCUGCUGUUCUUUGUUCAUCUACAUCACUUGAACAGAUGUUUAUUUUCUAGGCCACAUAUUUCAGCUCCAUAUUUUUAGCUAAAUAAAUAUCAGAAAAGCUGUUGCUCUCCUUCCCUUCAACCAUGUAGAACACUGCUUACUCCAGUGACAAUUGUUUAUUCAGCUCGAUCAGAUUUAUAGUGAAUCCUACAGUUCUAGUCUCUAUGCAGGUUAAAAUAAUCCUUAAAACCUUCAUGGAUUUACUUAUUGAGGUCUGAUUCGUAUAUCACCACAGCAGAGCAAGAUGUGUUUUCCUUGUUUCUCCUUCCUCUCAUGUCACCAUGACGAUAUAUUAAAAAGCUGGACCACAUGAUGGAGCCAAUUGCCAAGUGUUCUUCCUACCCAACCAGGAAGGAAAGGUGACAGUUGCCACCCCCCCAUGAUUCUAGCCUUCCGAGCAUUACUGCAGCACUGUGGGACGAUUCUGCAAAAAGACUCUCUUAAGUUCUCACAGGAGCCCUAAGUAUUGAGAUAUGUCUACAGGAAAUUGUACAAUGAAUUGCCAGUGUAAAUAUUUGCUGGGCAGUAGGAAAUAAUAGAAUUUUUCCAGAGUUUCACAUCAAGUGAAUACCUAAGAUAUUAAUUUGCAUGUGCAAAAGCUGGUCAGGGACAGUUAAACAAAUGGUUGUUUAACUUAUUUUGCCAUGUUGAUCAUGAGAUGGCAUGUCCUAGUGGUUCACUGACUGGGCAUCUAUCGCAGCUGAGAUGAACUCAACGUUCCACAAAUGGAUGAAAUAAUUGGCCUGUGUUGACUCCGUCCAAUUAAGUACCUUUAGUAUCAUAGCAUCACCGGGUUAUUUCUUCUUCCUUGAUAAAGUCUCUGCAAUGCCGAAAGGGCACUGGAACACACCUUACAUGAGCAUGAUAUCCUGCAUCGAUCAAAUCUUUCCUUGGAGUCAGAGAAGCAGGAUUUAGCUCUACCAUCAAAAUACAGUUUUUUCACAAAAUACUAGAGUGGUUGUUUCUGAUGUUCUAGGCUUGUGUGCCCAUUCAAGAGAAGUGUGCCAUAAAUGGGGGAAAGGUAGUUUAUCUGUAAGAUCUGAUAUAGAAAAUUUCAGGCUAUGAACUUUUGUGGACUUAUAUAGAUUACGUAAAUUAAAUAAACUCUAAAAAGUUAGUAGCCUGAUAUUUUUAAAGUUAUUUUUAAGUAGCAUGUUUGGAACUGGCAUAUAGGAGGGACAGGGAGUUCUGUCCCUGCUCCAGAAACUUAUGGCAUUUCCAUGCAAGGAAUAGGGACCUUUCCUGCUUGGAUUCUUUCCUUGGUCCUGAAGGGAAACUUCUUAUCUUUAAGGGCUCUCUUCUUUAAAAUGUGGUUACUUGGGGCAGGGUGUGCAUAGGCUUAGAAAACUUGAGUAAUGCAAUGCUGGUUCUAAUGAAGGCUAGAACAUGGACUACUGCAUUUUCCUCAUGGAAAAUUCACCAAGGCUAUGAUAAUAAACCACUAAUGCUUCAGCAACAUGAAAUUGAGUCAUAGCAUUACCAUAAAUAUCUGCUUUAACGGCAGGGCAAAUGAAAGCUGAAAUGUGAACAUGCAUUUUAUCAAACGAUCAUAAAGAACAGGGUGGUUAAUGUGCAUGAAUCUGAAUAUAGGCACAGUUCACACUUACCAUAAGUUAAUGCAUGAUUGUUAUCAUUUGUUUUAAACUGUCCCAACUUUAAACAUCUGCAGAAAUGUGCACUCAUUGCAUCAAGGGCCAAAUCCUGCUUUCUAAUGUGUGUAUUCAGUCCUCAUUGAAAUGAAGAGGAACUGUGUGCAUGCGGCAAGAAAGGACUUUGGUCCACAUUUGUUGAAAAUGUCAGCCUAAGAUAUGCCUGAGGUAUUUUAGUUCUUCAGCAGUGAUGAUAACAUAGGAAUUUGCUAGCCGUGUGUUCAGAAAAUGCAUGAUCCCUCACUGCAGCAUCACAUUUCAGGAUCAUUGAUCCUAGAUCCACUUUGAUGCCUUAACUGGGGUAUUUCUGUGGUAUAAUUCAAAGGCUAAACUUCAUAUAUCAAAUUCUCAGCACACCAAACGGAUAUAAUAAAAGCUAUAUAAUGUGCAAGUGUCAUUGUGUUUUGACGCUAUGGAAUAUACACCAGAGGACUCAAUCUUGCAAAUACUCAUUUUCUAUUGCAUACUUGUUUGCAAGAUCUGUGACUCCAGGAGCAGUUGUACUGAAAAGCAUGAUGAAUUGCAUCAAUUUAACAGCAACAAAAAGCAAAUAUUGCAUGGUUGUUACUUAUUUUUUAAAUAAGCAAUAUUUUCAUUAUUAAAUUGUCAGUGCACAAUCUAGCCAAAGUUAGGCACUUCUAAAUCGAGCCAAUUUCAGUGAGAGUACUCUCAUAUGCUUAAUUAUUUCCCUUUAAAUAAAUGGAAAUGGAAAAUGGUUACACUUUAGCUGAAUUGUGCACUUUGUGAUUCCUUGAUUUCCAAUCUUGGAAGCGUUUAAUGUCAUCCAGUAACUUUUCAAGUCUGAACAGGAUACACAGUUUAUUAGCUUAAAAACAACUAUCAUCCACCAAAGGUAACUUUUUUGACAAAUUGAGCUUUCAUUUUCUGUACAAAACAGUUUACAGAAGUAAAACUAUGGAAGUUUGGCAGAUAAGUACACUAUCAACUUUAUUUGGGAUGACAGAAGCCAUUACAAUACCGUAUCUGUAGAAUAUAUAUAUAUACAUGUGUAGUGAAAGGAUUUCUGAUGAGAGUGAUUGAAAAGCAUACAAGGUAUUCAUUACUGCAUUUGCACGUAAUGGAAAAUGAAGUAUACUAGCAACGUUUCAGGACAUUUCUGAUUAAGCAGAAAUGUAGAAUACAAUUCUUUUACUAGAAACUCACUGACAGGCUAUUUUCCCCCCCUAAAGCUUCUGGAAUGCCCCAGUUUUGAUAGAUGAGUGCUAUUGCAAUGCUAAAAGAUUCCACAUUUGUGAAUUGCAGUUUGCAAAAUUUCAAAAAUGUUUUUGCUUUGGUGGCUAUAAGGAUUUGCCCCCGCCCCCCAAAUGUCUCUAGGCCACUGGGGGAAAAGUAUUACCCUUGACAAGUCAGCAGCACCCCUUAUUCCAAAUUGUGUGAAAUGCAUGGUUACAGUCCAUCAUUUGAAACAUUUACCUGGAAAGGGCAAAAGUAUUAGCAAACUGCUUCUAAUGCAAAGGAAAGAAACCUGCAUAAUAAUUUGAUUGCAAAACACAUGAUCCCAAGAUACUGUCUUACGUUUCUAAUUGUUACCACCAAGGCAAUACAUUUUUGAGCUUAUCUGUACCUCUUUCCUCACACCUUGAAGCCCUACUUGUGACAUGAACUUUAAUUUUGUGAAUGCACCAAAAGCAUCCAAAUCUCUAGGGGUUUUUUGGUUUCGUUUUGUAUAGUAAUUUUUAUUUUUGAGGUUUAGCCUACUUUUUUUGUUUUCAGACAGGAAAUUAUGACAUGUUUUUUCCCUUGCUUUUUUGUUUUCUCUUCAAGGGCUCAGUGUGGGAAACAUGUUCUAUGUCUUUUCUGAUGAUGGAAUCACAAUAAUUCAGCCAAGUGACUGUGAGAUCCAGAGACACAUCAAACCAAAUGAGAAAGUUUUCUCAAGUUAUGUAAGUUUGGGCUAAUUAAUCUUGGUCUUGCAUCAGGGAUGUAAGAAGUCCUUGUUUUCCUUUCCACCCUGUAUUUAUCGCGGGCAGCACUGCUUUUCUGCCGCAGUUCAGCUUCUGUUAAAAACUACAUUAUUUAUCUCACUGCCUGCUGUGGCAAAAUUGUGAAAUUUAUAUAUUGUACAUGUAAAGAGGAAUUCAAUGUUGUGCUAUGUUGACCACACCAUCAGCACAAGCCUUUCAGUGUGCUGGGUAGAACAACCCCUUCAUCUCCCCUAUGUGCUGGGGGCUCUCUCAACCUGCUGAGGCAAUUUUAGGACUGCAGAGGGAAUGGGGGGGGAGCCCCAUCACAGAAUGUGAAAUCAUUGCACAGGGCUUCCACUGGUGAGACUUGUGAGGUGAAUCCCUACCAUAAUUCAUGUAAUUAUGCCAAAUUUAUAAAGUUUAGAACUGGAGUUUCACAGACCUUCAGUUCCAUACAUUCAUCUGAAUAAACCACAAUGUGAGGAGCACAUUUUCCUGGCCACCCAAGUUCUAUUGAACUGAAGGUUGAGAAAUUUAUCAAGAAGCUCCUGUUGCCGAAACAUAUGGUUUACCUCAGGGUAGACUCUACCUUAGCUAACUUAGGGCCCUGUAUUGUGAACCACAAGUUCCAUAACUCAGAUAUGGCUCUCCCAAAUAUUCAAUGGCUAUAUUAUUGUUUGAAUAUAAAUUUCAGUCUGUGAUGGCUUAAAACAGGCGUAGGCAAACUCGGCCCUCCAGAUGUUUUGGAACUCCCAUUAUCCCUAGCUAGCAGGACCAGUGGUCUGGGAUGGUGGGAAUUUUAGUCUCAAAACAUCUGGAGGGCCGAGAUUGCCUAUGCCUGGCUUAAAAUAAAGCUGGCUUUGCACCUCAGUUUUGCAUGUCCAUUCUUCCCGCAGCAAACUGGGGAACAAAUUUCUACUUUGAAAAAUUUGAAGAUGUUUUGUGGGGCAGGGAGUUGUUCUUACUUUACUAAUUUAAUAGCUGAAGAAUGCACUUAAAACCUUUUUUUAAAAAAUGCUCCAUGUGCUCUUGCAGUGAUGUGAGACUCUCUGUGCACAGGCUUCCAUUGCAACAGUGUUUCCUGGAACAUGUGUGUGACUAUAUGACAUUGUGUGGGCAUUCCAAGGAGUCCUGCAAUGUGGGAUCCUGUGUAGACAGAAUCUGGUGCCACUGCAAGCACACACAUGGCCUUUAUAAAUGUUGAAAUGCAAGAGAGACCCCCUCACAUUUAAUAAGGUAGAAAUACCAGCCAAUGAAAAUUCCACUGAAGCACUACCACUUCCACCUCCCUCUUUGGAGGUCUCUUCAACUUGACCUCAGCCCCAUCAAAUGACCAAAAGACAGGUCCCCCAAAAGGUUUGCCAGAGAACUAGCUCAAUACCACAGGUUAGAUCUAUUACUCUCAGCACAAGCCAUACCUUCAAGGUCUCAUUGUUUUACCUUCUAUCGUUUUCCUCUGUGGCCGUAUAUAGCAGACUGCCUGGAUCACAGCACUGAACCUAAACUUAUUAAACCUGCUUUCAUUAUUUUAUUUCAGGCAGAAAUCUGUCCUAGAGUUGAAGGUGAAGCCAUUCAGUCCUGCCUCUGGGCUUCCGCUGUCAAUGUCAGAGACAAAUAUAUUUAUGUAACACAGCCAAAGUGGAAUAGAAUAAUGAUCCUUGAUAUCCAGACUCAGAAAGUCAUUCAGGUAACUUCCCAGGGGCAACUGAAUGCUUUUGGAUGGGGGACAAAAAGGUUUCAUACUGCCAAAAAUUUGGUCUCUUCCCAAAGGAGGUUCUAGCUAUUGACUUUGUUAGUAGAUUUGUAAAAAUACAAAUCUGCAGCUGGGUUAGCAGCAUGUUAGGAGUAUGGUAAUACCCCAUGCUCGACAUCCUGAGGUGGCUACUAGAAAGAGGAUCGUUACUAAUCAUGUCGCUAAUAGUUUGACAACAACAUUUUGACACUAUAAUACCUGUCAGUUGAAGUCCUCUGUUAACAACAUACCUAGGUUGUAAUAUGUAAUGCUGAUAACUAUAUAUGUAGAGUAUUGUCAUAUUCUGAGGCUGCAAUCCUCUACACAUGUACCUGAAAGUAAGGUCCCACUGAACGCAGUGGAAACUUACUUAUGAGAAAGCAAACACAGGAUUGCAGUUUCUGUAAGGUUGUAAUUCUAUGCACUGAACUCUGUGACACUUUCAAAUAAAUAUGCAACCCAGAUACUAAAGUCAGUUUAUGGCUGGCAUGUUAGGCCCUUGUCAUGUCCACAACACCUCUUUCUUAUUCAAAAGGCUCCCACAACAUGGCCACAUGGAAUGGAAGCAUAUGUAGAUGAAGGGAUUCACUGAGUGCUGUUCAGAAGACCUGCAUAAGCCCUUGGUGGGUGUAGUGGUAGAAAGCCAGUGUGGUGUAGUGGUUAAGAGUGAUAGACUCGUAAUCUGGUGAACCGGGUUCGGGUCUCCGCUCCUCCACAUGCAGCUGCUGGGUGACCUUGGGCCAGUCACACUUCUCUGAAGUCUCUCAGCCCCACUCACCUCACAGAGUGUUUGUUGUGGGGGAGGAAGGGAAAGGAGAAUGUUAGCCGCUUUGAGACUCUUUAAAGGGAGUGAAAGGCGGGAUAUCAAAUCCAAACUCUUCUUCUUCUUCUUGGUACUUCCAGGAGGCUGAGGAAGAGACUCAGUAUCAUUGCUGACAUUUGUCUUUUGGUGCUGUCAGCUUCCUCUGGAAGACAGAUGUGAGGGCCAGCUGUUUGUCAUCUACCCCCCCCCAAAAAACCCCUGCAUUUAUGCCAAGCUCCUUGGAGUGUAGCAAGACCAGUACCAGAAAAUGCAUUGUCAGUUAACUUUCAUUUUUGCUUGUUCUUGUUCUUAAAUCUAGAUCAUUGUUGGUUUUUGUAAUAUUGAAUCGGUUUGCCAAAUUGUUGGUUUUUGCUACUUUGAAUUUACUAACAUGUUCUGUAUUUUAUAUUUCCUGUGUUCUCUGUUUUGAACAUUUGCUGUAAGCCACUUUGGGCGCACCUCAUUGUGGAAAAGCGACACUUAAGCAAAGCCAACCAACCAACCAACCAACCAAUCAAUCAAUCAAUCAAUCGAGGAGUGGUUGGCAGGGGAGGGGUGGCACAAUGCAGCUCAUCUCCUGGCAGCGAUGUUGCUGCUUCUUACUGGGAGACAGAGGGUGAGGCCAGUGGUGGAGGAAGGUGGGUGCAGGCUACCCCGGGUGUCAUCACUGAAGGGGGGUGACAAAAUGUCAAAAAUCUGGGUUAAAAAAAAUAAUAAUUGGGCUGACGAAACUUUAUAGUUCAGUCAACAAACGCAACAAAAAGCAGCUGGCACUGGGCGCCACACUGCAGGGGCCGGCACUUACCACGGGGCCUGCAACAUGCCCGAGUCACGCUUCUCUCUUGGGAGUGGCGUGGUGGCUUGAGCACCUGCAGGCUUGGCUCUGCCUGAAAAAGCAGCGUGAAGCUUGCGUCUGCCCACCGCCACUCCCUCAGCUGCCCUACAGCAAAGGGAGAGGCUGAGGAAAGGCUCGACACACACGCCCUGCCCCCAUGGGCAGCUCACCCUGCCCCCAGCUGCAGGACACGUGUGCUGCACCGGGCACCUGAGCAGCUAGCUGUGCUGCUGGGUGAGGCGCUGGGGAAGUUGGCACUUUGUGGGUGGAGAUCAUUUAGUUCCCCGCCAGUGUCCCUGCUCAGUGCCAGACUCCCUACCAUCUCACCACUCUCCAUUUUAGUAAGCACCAGAGCUAUGUGGUUCAAACUGCAGAGAAACAAAAGACACAGGUACCAUACUGGUGUGCCACACCAUCUAUGCUACAUAUCUGGGUGUAAAUUGUGUAGAGAUGACAGGACUGGUAUGGAAGCAGCUAUGGUAGGGCAGCAGCUGCUUUGCUGGCAACAACUUACAAAGCAGGUCUCAGUAUGCCAGCGUAUUAAACUGGGUGCGUACAGUGACAUGCAGUGGUUUGGUGUCUGACUUGGACAUGAAAUGCAAAAUGUGCACAAAGGCUUUCUUAAUAGCUUACAGACCCUAAUCAAAUGCAUAACUUACAUUCUUUUUCAUAAGGAAGAGCUAAUGAAACUGUUUUUUUGUUACUUUGAAGAUCUUGGACACUGACCCUCUACCUGUAAAAUUACAUUAUGAUAAGUCACAUGACCAAAUUUGGGUACUUAGCUGGGGCGAUAUGAAGAAGUCUCAUCCGGUUUUGCAGGUAAGCCUCUUACAAACGCAAUAGUUAAUCACAAUCUUCUUUUAGAGCCAUUAUUCUUAUCAGCAGAAAUUUAGGAAAUCUUAUAUAAAUGUGAGCCUCAACUCUGUCUCCCUCCCUCAUCCUUAUCACUGUUUCUUUCGUUUCAAACACUGUUUCAAACACGCUGCAAGUGCAAAGACCUGCACAAAGACAGCUUUUGAAUAAACUGUGUAGACUUUUUUAUAGCUUAAGAACAGAGCUGAUGGGAAAAUUUAUAAACCAGAAAUGGGGGACGUGUGGCUUUCUAGAUAUUGUUGAACUCCAAGCCCCAUUAACCCCAGCCAGCAUGGCCCAUGGUCAAGGAGAAGAGGAGUCCAAAAACUUCCAUAGUUAUGUCCAGCCAGUGGAAAGGAGUAGCACUGCGUAACUGGCCUGUUGGCUGAAACGUUAGUUGGACAGUGAGAUGGCGGGGGUGGGGUAGCAGUGAGGUUUGGGUGUACCAGCAGAGCCAAUCAGGUACUUUUGCUGGUAUGACCACAUUGCCCCAAGGUCUCUGCUAUCCUGCCCCACCCCCUCACCAUCCUGGUGCACAGCAGCAAUGCCACCCCUUCUCACCAGCUGCUCCUAUUUGGUUAGCCACAGGUUUCCUCUCCCCAGUGUAAACUAAAUAAUUCUUCAUCUGCCAGUGUGAGAACUGAGGACCAUUUUAAUUUCUUCAUGUUUCAUCUCAAGCAGUGUUCCUCACCGUUUCCAGAUCCCUGAUCUGACCUGAAACAUGUAACUCAUUUUAAAAUUAUUAUUAUUAUUAUUAUUAUUAUUAUUGUUAUUGUUAUUAUUAUUAAUUUUACAUGUAUAAUACCUAUCUACUUGUUCUCUCCUUCUCCUUCUCCUUCUCCUUCUCUUUCAUUUUCUCUCCUCUUUCCAUGCUUCUCUUCUACCUUUUUUCUUUUCCAAACCACAUUUGUAGUGCCAUAGCUACCAUCCCAACUCAGUUGUGAAUUACAACACACCAAUUAAUUAAAUACCUAUAUUCUAAAGAACUCGUGGUUGUUAAAUUGGUUUAAGAAGAGUAAAAGUGUCUUAUGGUAGAAAUGGAGCAAGCUUCAUGAACUUGAAUGCAUUGCUAUUUUGCUAUGCUUAUUCCUUGCCUCAUGGGGACUUCUGGUAUGAACACUUUUCUCAUUCCAGGUCUCUCCUCCAUGGUCAUAGUAAUUUGAAUAAGAUAAGAACAACAUAUACAAAAAUGACAAUGGUUUCAGGAACAGAAGAUCCUGCCUUAGUAUAAAGGAUUGAACUAGCUUACCUUCCAGCACUGUUAUUUAUGGUUCAGUAGGGCUAUGAUAAUUAAAUUACAUGUUUAAUUAGAAUUCCAAAGAACAUUAGUGCAAUGUAGGCCAUAAACAGAGAAAACAUUUGUAGGGGGAAAUUAUUUGAUAGAUGGCAGAGUUAUGGUAACUGAUGCAACAGAUUAGAUAAAAGAUGGUGGUAUAGCUGUUAAUGAUCCACAAUGAACACCCACAAUGAAGUGUGGGUCUUUGAUGAUGCAUUCUGCCAUAGAUUCAGCACCAAUUAUUUUGGGGGAAUGUGAGACUAGGAACUUAUAUCCAAAACACCCUUGCACCUAUUAAUGGAUAUCAUGCUAGGCCAAGGGUUUCUCUGCUAAACAUCUGCAUAUAGUAAAGGUAAAGGGACCCCUGACCGUUAGGUCCAGUCGCGGAUGACUCUGGGGUUGCAGCGCUCAUCUCGCUUUACUGGCCGAGGGAGCCGGCAUACAGCUUCCGGGUCAUGUGGCCAGCAUGACUAAGCUGCUUCUGGCAAACCAGAGCAGCGCACGGAAACACUGUUUCUGCAUGUAGUAGUUGCUGCCAAUAGGCAACAGACAGAAGAUGUGCAGUAUUGUACAAAUCAGUUGGGCAUAUAGAUAGAUAGAGUGCUAUGUUAGGACUAGUGGCAAACAGCUACCACACCCCAGCAUGAAAGCAGGCAGACCUUUAAAAUGGUCGCUGUACAAAUGGGGACUUUAGAGAGUGGUUCAGUUUGUAACUGACAAGUUGCUCAGUCUGAGGACCAGACCAAAGUCAGAAGCUUCAUAGGAUCAGGUGGAGUCCUAUUGGCCACUUUUGUCACUUUUGAUCCCUGCAGAAGCAUUAGCUUCGGUGAUGGUGCCAAAGGUCAGCAGAUUGCUCAUCUACAAGCUGCCAUGAUGACACAAUUAACAGGUCGCUAGGAACAGGUCGUUGGGAAAGUCCUCAAUUGGAAACCCCUAACACCUGACGAGUUAUUUCAAACACAUAUUAAUGAAGAAGCCUCACUAUCGCAAAAGCACUAGAGGCAUGGUGGAAACCUAAUGUACCAUACUCUACAUGAUUACAUCAGAGCACUUUCAUCAAGAAAUGACAGGUUUCUCAAAAGAGCCUGACAAAAAUAUUGCAGCAGAUCUUUUAAGGCUCUGGCAUUUCUGUAAUGAACUACUUAGCUGUAAAUUCUGAAGAUGUCCUGUUAACACAGAGAUACAGUCAACACACCUAAUGAACUGAACUUAGGCAUCAUAUAAGCAUUCUAAGGUUUGAUUUUGAUUUUUUUUAAGUCUCAUCUCCAUAUUUUGCUGGAGUCACAGGAGAAAUAACAAAGUGAGCUUUUCAUUAUAGCAAAGAGCUUACAUUCUUCUCAGAAAUAACCUUUUCAAAAAAAAGAAAUACUCACUCUAUCCCUUUCCAUAUAUUCCCCCACUCCCUGGCACUGUAGAUAUCUUUUCAAAGAGAUAAUUAACUGCUGUGACUUUGCUGUCGGUCAUUCAAGCCAGUGAAUUAGCAUGGUGCAUUUAAGUGAGAUUAAUAUAUGUGAACCUGAAAACAAUGUUUAUAGCAGGCUGUGCAGAAAAAUUAUGGAAGCGUUAGAGCUGGGACAUUCUUCCCAUGCCUGCAUGAUUGCAUUGUCUUCUGCUAUAAACAGCUUGAAAGCAGAUGGAGAACUGUUCUCUUACCUUGCAAAUGUCACAUAAUACACACAAAUGCCAUUUCAUCCUUUAUUUCCAGGAACCAGGAAACCCAGCAUUUUGCCCUAUGGGAUGCUGCUGGAUACAUGGGGGGUGGGGUCAUAUGAAUAUAGGUCAGAGGUUAAUAAGCUAUGACCCUCCAGAUAUUUUGGACUCCAACUCCCACCAGCCCCAGCCAGCAUAGCCCAAUGGUCUGUGAUGAUGGGCAUUGUAGUUCAACAGCUUCUGGAGGGCCACAUGUUACCCACCCCUGAUUUAGGUAGUCUAGAGUUUAUAUUUCAGUGCCUCAUCUAUUGUUCUAUUUCUGCUCAGCAUUUUGGUUAUUCCUUGUAGGUAAUACCAGAAGCAAGUACAGGAGACAACCAGCAUAUCAUUCGCACCCAUUUGAACGGGAUGGAUGAUUAUUUUAUUCCACAUACAAACCUCAUUAUCAAUCACAUCAGGUAAGAGUCCUCUGGGCCCCAGUAGUUUGUACUUUUAAUCUGAUGAAAUUAUUAUCAAUCAUGAUAAUUACUUGCUUUGCUUUCAUGGCAAUCGCUGAAAGCUCCACAACACUAGAAAAUAAAAACCAUGAAGACCUGCUCCAAAUGGCUCCAUGUUAGCUAAGAGACAAGAAACAGCACAUGAAAUAAGAAAGAUGGGAAGUACACAAAGAAGCAAUGGGGGUAACAAUGGCCAGCAUGAUUAUUAGGUGCCGGGCAAAAAUGCCCUUUUUAUUUUCCCCUGUGCUUUUAACUUUGGAUAUAUUCCCUUCUCCCUGCUGUAACUGUAUUUAGCAAAGCCUUUCUGUGUUUUUGCUAGAUUUUCAUUACUUCCUGUAAACCACAAAUUUUGAAUUGAAUAGCAGUAUGGAAAAGUUUUCAAUAAACGAAGUUCUGGGUUAUGCAAGAUUUCAGCAGCAACUCUUUUCUCUGCCUAGCUGAGAGCCUUUGCAAAUGUUCUGCUGACAUAGCUUUGUGACUCUGCAGCCUUUAUGCAUCCUGUUGGUUGUGCAGUGUCCAGAUGCCAGGGAUGCCUGUGGUUUGUCGAGCAUCAUCAUGUUAGCCCAGUGCAAUUCAUUGUUAUGUGUUUCGGGGCAGAAAAGCAUUUCUUUCUUUAUUUGAUGAUUUAUUUGAAACAUUUAACUGUUAUUUAAUUAAAUAGCACAUGUAUUUACCUUUGUAUUAUACCAGUGGUCCUCAUACACACAAAUGGGUAUUAGUAAGUGUACCAUGCUAUAGGGGACGCAGGUGGCGCUGUGGUCUAAACCACUGAGCCUCUUGGGCUUGCUGAUCAGAAGGUUGGCGGUCCGAAUCCCUGCGAUGGGGUGAGCUCCCAUUGCUCUGUCCCAGCUCCUGCCAACCUAGCAGUUCGAAAGUAUGUCAAAGUGCAAGUAGAUAAAUAGGUACUGCUCUGGCGGGAAGGUAAACGGCAUUUCCAUGCGCUGCUCUGGUUUCAGUGUUCCAUUGCGCCAGAGGUGGCUUAGCCAUGCUGGCCACAUGACCCAGAAAAACUGUCUGUGGACAAACGCCGGCUCCCUCGGCCUGUAAAGUGAAAUGAGCGCCAGAGUCAUUCGCGACUGGACUUGGCUGUCAGAGGUCCUUUCCCUUUACCUUUAAGUAUACCAUGCUACUGGUUUGCUUUACUAUAUUUGCUGUGCAAGCCUGUAUAUGUCUACUCAGAAGUAAGUUCCAAUCAGUUCAAUAGGACUGUUCCCAAGUUAAAUGUGUACAGCAUCUAAUGUUUUUGAAAGGUUUUGUUUAAAGUCUUCAAGUGGCUUAAUUCAAAAAAAGCUGCAGGUGUCACCUUAUUACUCUGCAAUCGCCUAUCCAUUUCAUUUUCUCUGCCAGUAUUCCAUCCAUCCCACACAGCAUCUUUCUGAUGGAUGUAAGUAUAGCAACUGAAUGAAACACUAAAUCCCAGGAGUGUUCAUGUGCGAUCAUACACUAUGCAGGCUUACUCUUCAGGAGUAAAUUGCCAUGGCUGGACACUUCAGUUAUGCUUUCAGCUAAAAAAAAUAAGGCAGGGGAUAUAAGCCUAUUAUAUGGAGACAGCUGUGUUUUAUAGGUGAAAACACAGGUCUGAAGUAUGAUUUUCACACAGUGGAAUGCUGGCAAUUCGAUUGUGUAACAAUUGUUCCAAAGCAUGACCUCAAGAAACAUUAUGUGCUAGUCUUUUAGGCAGAUAAGCCACAUGUGUGUGGAGCACAGGUGAAAUGGAGCAGAUUUUCUAUUGUUUUCCCUUUGAGAAUUACUCAAGGGCAAACACGGCUUAAUAUUUAACUACUUUCCUAUAAGGCAUGAUAGGGAAGUCUUAACACACUACUUUCAAUAGGUGCAAGAGAAUUCUAUAACUUAUGCAAAGAAAAACCCACUAUAUCAUAUCAAGUACAGUAGUACCUCGUUGUGAGUCCGCCCCAUUUAGCAUCCAUUUAGUGGAACGUCUGCAGCAAACCCGGAAGUCCCAGAACGGGUACUUCCAGGUUUUCUGCUCGUGCUCAUGCAGAAGCGCUAAAUCGCGGUUCACGCAUGCAUAGAAGCGCAAAACAGCGCAUGCACAGAGCGGUGCUUUGUCGAGCGUCCCUUUCAUCGAGCAUCCGGGGCUCCGGAACGGAUCCUGGAAUCAAAACAAGGUACCACUUUAUGUCUAUAGGACAUUAACGUUUUGUUUCCAUGACUUUCUCAUCUCCUUCAUGGCUUGAAAUGUCACUAUUCUAUGCUAUAUAUUCUUGAGGACUUAGGUUGGUGUUAAUGUAAUAUAUUUAGAUUGUAGCCCCCUUGUCAGGGGCAGGCCAGCAAUAAAACAGCCAGUGUCAGUGAAGUUAACUAUUUAUUCAAAGAAACCAAAACAGCACAGACCUAGUGAUCACAACUCUUACCAGUAAGUCUUGCCCCAAUGAAGCAGUUGAAGGUCCCUGUCUUCCCACUGCUCUCCAAGGCUCCUCUCCCACUUCCUUCUACAGCAGCCUAAGACUCUUUCAUCUUGUCUCUUUUUGCUCCACCCUGUUCAUUUCAUUCUGCUCCAUCGUAUGAUUCUUCUUCAAACAGGAUCAGCUUUUGGGAGAAGCAGGUAUCUGCAGGGGAGAGAAAGCCAGAAAACCCCAAUGUGUCAGAACUGGAUCCUCUUUCCUGCAUCCAACCCUCUCUUUCUAGGGUACAGCAGCUGUUAGCAUGGGAUUUUAGUUUUAAUAUGUCUCCUUGUCUUUAAUAUUGUCUACCUAGUUAACAUGAGUCAUAUGAUAAGCUGGGAAACCCCUGGUUAAAAUCUCAGCUUAGCCAUGAACUUGCUUUGUGACCUUAAGCAGCAAAAUGUGUUUCUGUCUUAUGGACUUACUCAAUAUUUAAUUUUAUUUGGCCUAAGUGCACAAAGCAUUCCACAGAUACUGAAACAACUUAGCCAAACAGUAAGUGUUACAACUAGCCUCGGAAAUUUUGGUGAGCUCUGAAAACCUUUUCAUUUCCAGAACAUUAAUUUCAUAAGGUCACUUCUAAUACUCAACUCCUUUAUUUAUUAGGUGUGUCCAUUCUCCAUUUUGUUCUGUUAUUGUUUAUUAAAUAAUAAACAUUUCAAAUAAAUACAUACAUAUUGAUGACAGCGUAAUAGUGGCCUACCUCCUAGGGUUGCGUAAGACUUAACAAGACAACAUUUCUGCUCUUGGGCCAAGUGACACAAAGAAUUGUUAUUCUCAUAACAUCUUGUGGCAUCUGUUUGGUUAUAUAUUGUUUGUCUUUUAUUUCCCCAUUUUAGAUUUGGUUUCAUCUUUAACAAGUCUAAGUCUGUAGUUCACAAAAUUGAUCUGGAAACUGUGGCUCACAUCAAGACGAUCAGCUUCAAGAACUACAGCUGUUUGCCCCUAGCCAUGGCCUAUACACAUCUGGGUGGCUACUUCUUCGUCCAGUGCAAAACAAACAUGUCAGUACCAAUAACUCCACAGCUUAUAAUUGACAGUGUUACAGAUUCUGUUAUUGGCCCCAACAGCGACAUAUCAGGUACUCCCUACAUCUCCCCUGAUGGACGCUAUUUGGUCAGCGCAGAUGAACAGAGCGGGAGGAUCAGAGUCCAGGCAAUAACAAUCCAAGGGGAAAUCAAGUUGAUUUAUGACUUACAAACCACCAUGCACAUAUCCGAUCUGACAUUUCAGUCCUCUUUCACCGAAGGCAAUCAGUAUUAUAUAUACGCUACUUCACAUUUGCAAACAGAUGUGCUUUUUGUAGAGUUGUCAACAGGGAAAAUGGACGUAUUGAAGAAUUUAAAGGACCCUAUCAAAUCCAAAGACUGGCCCUGGAGUAACUACAACAGAAUUAUCCAAGACAGUGGAUUAUUUGGACAAUACCUUAUAACACCAGCAAAGGAGUCACUAUUUAUAAUUAAUGGGAGACAAAACACAUUACGCUGCGAGGUUUCGGGUAUCAAGAGAGGCAACACAGUGGUUUGGGUUGGAGAUGUAUGAAAAGUCAAAAGGAACAGAACUGCCAUAAAACAAUGGACUGAUUGGACCUUUAACUGCAAAAAAUAUAUAUAUGCAGUAGCAUUGUAUAUUUUUACACUGAGGGAAAAACUGUAUAAGCUUCAUGGUGCAACACUGGCCUACUUGCAAGGUUUAUAAUAUAAGGUAUGCUCUGCUAAUAGGAAUUGGUUACGCUGGGAAUUUGUGUGGAAGUCGGACGUGACAGCUUGAGUUAUGGAACAUAUACUAGGAAAAGGAAUGAUUUCUCAAAACAGAGAUUGUAUAAGCCACAUUCCUUGGUGAUUCUGUACAACAACACUUUUGCGUUGAAAGGCUGAUGACUUCUUAAGUUCCAUCAGUAUUCAUUCUAUUGGUCCAACAUAACAUUGCCUGUAGUGUGUGCCAUGUGGCAUGAAGUCAGGCCUGUAGCUUAGACAUUUUCACAUGGAUG